AUUUCUCGGUCGCGGAUUUUGAUUUUAUCCUGGACCGAAUCCGGUCUCAGUUACCGAAAGGAGGAGACGACGUGAAGGCCCUUACGCUGCACUGUCAGAUGCAGGAUGUAAAACUCCCAUGGUUAUGGAAGAAGUGGAGUGCGUCCUGAAGCCAAUAAUAAUCCUUCACAACUGAUGACUGAAAACAGUGUCCAAGCCUUGCUGAGUGUCAGGGGAAUCCUCCAGUCUCACUGAAUAAUGAGGAGAGUGUCUGGCACCAGGUGAGGGAUGGCAGUGUGAGAUGGCAGCAUUCACCACCGAGUACCAACGGCUGCAGUCCUCCUACACCGACUCCCCACCUGGGGAGGAGGAUCUGCUGGUUCAUGUGGCUGAUGGUGGCAAAUCUCCAUGGCAUCACAUUGAAAACCUGGAUCUAUUCUUCUCCAGAAUCUACCACUUACAUCAGAAGAAUGGCUUUCUCUGUAUGCUGUUGUCAGAAAUAUUUGAAUUGGUGCAGUUUGUUUUCGUUGUAACUUUCACCACUUUCCUCGUCAACUGUGUUGAUUAUGACAUCCUGUUCGCUAACAAGCUGGUGAACAGUACACAUCGCGAAAAUCAGCUGGUCAAAGUCACGCUGCCAGAUGCCUUUCUGCCCCCACACGUCUGCACUGCUGAGAUCCGGCAGAACGUGCUGAUCAUCUUCAUCCUGCUGAUUGCUGGAGUCUUCUGGGUUCAUCGGCUGGUGAAAUUCAUCUACAACAUCUGCUGUUACUGGGAGAUUCGGGCCUUUUACAGGAAUGCUCUGAAGAUACCCAUGUCUCAUCUUCCCUACUUCAGCUGGCAGGAAGUUCAAGAUCGCAUUAUCCAGAUUCAGAAAGAACAUCAGAUUUGCAUCCACAAGAGGGAGCUGAGUGAGCUGGAUAUCUACCAUCGCAUUCUGCGUUUCAAAAACUACACAGUGGCUAUGAUCAACAAAUCCCUUCUGCCAAUUCACUUUCACGUUCCCGCCCUUGGGGAGGUGGUCUUCUAUACCAGAGGCUUGAAGUAUAACUUUGAACUGAUCUUCCUGUGGGGACCAGGAUCUCUCUUUCAGAACGAGUGGAGUUUGAAGUCGGAGUACAAGAGGGCAGGGAACCGUUUAGAACUGGCCGAGAAACUCAGCACGAGGAUCCUGUGGAUUGGCAUCACCAACCUGCUGCUGUGCCCGGUUAUCCUGAUCUGGCAGAUUCUCUAUGCUUUCUUCAGCUACACUGAGGUGAUCAAGCGAGAGCCAGGCAGCCUAGGGGCUCGCUGCUGGUCACUGUAUGGCCGAUGUUACCUCCGCCAUUUCAAUGAGCUGGACCAUGAGCUACAGUCUCGGCUCAGCAAGGGCUAUAAAGCCGCCUCAAAGUACAUGAACUGCUUCCUGUCCCCAUUGCUCACGGUUCUAGCAAAAAAUCUUGCCUUCUUUGCUGGCUCAAUCCUGGCCGUGCUCAUUGCUCUAACUGUGUAUGAUGAGGACGUUCUAGCUGUAGAGCAUGUGCUGACUACCAUAACUCUCCUCGGCCUCUGUGUUACUGUGUGUAGGUGUUUUAUCCCAGACAAACACAUGGUGUUCUGCCCGGAGCAGCUACUGAGGGUGAUUCUGUCUCAUAUCCACUACAUGCCUGAUCACUGGCAGGGCACAGCAAAUCGCUGCGAGACCAGGGACGAGUUUGCUCAGCUCUUUCAAUACAAAGCAGUUUUCAUCCUCGAGGAGCUGCUCAGCCCCAUCAUCACUCCUUUCAUCCUCAUCUUCUGCCUGAGACGAAAGUCCCUCGAGAUCAUUGACUUCUUCCGAAACUUCACUGUGGAGGUUGUGGGUGUCGGGGAUACCUGUUCCUUCGCCCAGAUGGAUGUCCGACAGCAUGGGCACCCUGCGUGGUUCUCUGGCAGAAAGACUGAGGCCUCCAUCUACCAGCAGGCCGAGGAUGGCAAGACUGAACUCUCUCUGAUGCACUUCGCUAUCACGAACCCGCACUGGCAACCCCCUCAGGGCAGCACUGCCUUCAUCAGCCAAUUGAAGGAGAAGGUCAAUCGAGACAAGGGAGCGGUGAUUGGAAGCCACAGCUUCCUUCCGGAGAAUGGCCUCUUCACGUCCCUACAGUCUGUACAGUCUGAGUCAGAGCCUCACAGUUUGAUCACCAACCUGAUUGCGGGACCCCCAUCACUCGUGUUUCAGAGAGGCCGAGAAGGUCCCUUGGAUCCAGCAUCCUCGUUGCGUUCAUUCUCUCCGGGGCAGAGCAGCCAGAACCCUCAUGGAAGUCUCCACAACUCUCUGCUACGGACCAGGCCUGGGAGAGCCAUGGCUGGAUCAGGGUGCGGAGACACUGAGGCUCUUCCUGAUGUGAGGAUGAUGAGUUCUGGGAGCAGCGCAUGGGAGGCUCAGCUCCAGAGUAUGGUUCUCUCCGAGUACGCGUCAACGGAAAUGAGCCUGCACGCACUCUAUAUGCAUGAGCUCCACAAGCAGCAAAUGCAGGGAGAGCCAUCGCGUCACGUGUGGCACCGGCAGGACAGUGAUGACAGCGGCGAGAGCGGACUGGAGGAGGCUGAGACAAGGCCAUCACCACUGACCAUACCACGAUCCUGUACCUACCCCAUCACCGCUAACAGACCCCCAGAUCUCGGUGAAGAACCAGCUGGACUCCUGCCCAACAUCCACAAGAGAUACGGAGGCAUCAGCAAUUCCACUGAGCCCCAAAGGCCUUUCUCCCGACAGCCCAUGGGGGGGUGGACAGAGGAGAGCUCUCCCCCUCGACAUCAUGAGACUGUACUAGAGGAGGGAUCAGAGGAUGAACUACCCCCACAAACGCACCAGGUUUAGUAGACCUGGAAUGUGUGACACGGGACUUGGAGAAGAUAUGGGAGCUUGGGACUCGCUGGUGCUUACUGAUGCUGGACUGUGCAAUGCAUGACUCACUGGUGUGCGUUUGACUAAAUUUGUCGCAAUCAUAUUGGUGUUUAUGUAAUUGGUUGUUGAGGUAUGUCAAACUGUGCUCCAGAAUGUUCUGACAAACUUUGUCACUUUUAAUAAAUCAUUGUUAAGAUGUUU